AUGCUGAUCCUCAAUGUCAAGACAAGGUUUAGUUGCACACUUGAUUACUGCAAAGUCAUUGAUGAGUUUGUUGCAAAGACAUGGGACCUUUGCCAGUACAAGUUGACCCCAAAGGACUGGAGUGCAAUCCAGCUAGUCUCUGAUUGGCUGAAGGCUUUCUGUUCAGCAACAACACAAAUGUCAACAACAAAGUGUUCAAUGCUAUCGUCCACUCAGGCCAUUUUCUGUGGAUUGCAAGAGUCUCUGCAAAAGUCUCUGCACAAGUUGCCCAACAAUACACUGCCUCAUCUCAAAGACUCACUCAUCAAAGCACAUCAGAAACUGAGUGAUUAUUAUACCAAGUUUGAUGAAUCACCAUUUUACAUAUGGUCCUCUCAUAAGAAUUCUUUUUUCCUUGACCCCCAAAUUUCAUAUGAAGGUCUUUUGACUGACUGCGGUGAUGACCAAACACUAUGUGGCCACUUGGACAAUGCAAAGGUCCAAUUGCACUGGUAUUAUCAAGACAACUACCUUUCAUUGCAAGACAUUCUUGCUAUUCCUGGCUCAGCUGUUGCUGUUGAACACAUUUUUUCUGGUGGCCAUGAUACUAUCUCUCUUCAGCAUGCUAGUCUCCAACCUAACACUAUCAGGACAUUGAUGUUGCUUAAGCAGUGUCUGCCUCGCUCAUAA